CGCCACUACGACCAACUGGAAGUGAUUAUCCAAUCCAAGUUCCUUACUGAUUUUCAAAAUUACCGUUGCUACACUGUUUUCUUAUUGGAGAACUCAUAUAUAAAAUAUUCGAAAAAAUGCGGAAGUCUUUAAUUUUUUAAGAAAUUAAGGAAACUGAACAAUAAUGUAUUAUCCCUGUUAUAAUUAUAUUUAAUAAUAGCAAGCUUUUUUAAAGGUAUUUAAAGUAAAAAUAAAAGUAUUCCACUUGUUGAAUACACUGGAAAUUUCGCCGGUAGCCCUUUAAAUCAGCUCAUGGGAAAUUCUAAUGGAAACCUACAGACUUUUCCUCUCCAGGGUGGAUGUCAAAAAGUGCAAACAAUGGCGGUAAAUUUGGAGAUCCAGGUUUCGCGGGCAAAUAAAAUAUAUCACGAAGGGGAAUCCCUAACUGGCAUUGUGAGUGUUAAUUGUGGGACUGAAACGAAGCAUGAUGGUAUCUACUUGACCAUGGAGGGAGUUGUGAAUCUCCAGCUCAGUAACAAGAAUGUGGGCAUUUUUGAGGCAUUCUACAAUUCUGUCAAGCCAAUUCAGCUUCUGAAUCUUCAACUGGAACUAGCACCUCCGGGAAAACUUCCUCCCGGACGCACAGAUUUCUCCUUUGAGUUUGUCCUGGACGGGCGGAGGAUGCGCAAAGAACCCUCAAUUCUCUAUGAGACCUAUCAUGGGGUCUUUGUGAACAUAAAUUACAUGCUGAAGUGUGAGAUGCGAAGAAGUUUCCUUGCCAAGAGUAUCCAGAAGCAGCAGGAAUUUAUGAUUCAGUACAAGCCAUCGGAGAAGCCCUCUGGCAAUGAAGUUCAUUUUACCAUUAGCCCAGAGACACUCCAGAAAAGCGCCAAGGAACGAAUCUCAAUUCCCAGGUUCCUGAUCACUGGGCGCCUGGAUGCCACAGAUUGCUGUCUCACGAAGCCCUUCACUGGACAUGUCACUGUCCAGCACACUGAGGUGCCCAUUAGAAGUAUUGAGGUGCAACUGGUACGUGUGGAGACUUGUGGCUGUGCCGAAGGAUAUUCCAGGGAUGCCACAGAGAUCCAGAAUAUCCAAGUGGCGGAGGGAAACGUCUGCCCCAAGCUUCACAUUCCCAUCCACAUGAUCCUACCGCGCCUUUUCACAUGCCCAACUCUCCUGACGAAGAACUUCAAAGUUGAAUUUGAACUGAAUCUUGUUAUCCUGUUCCAAGACGAUUAUCUCGUGACGGAGAAUUUUGAAAUUAUUCUCAAUAGAUGUAACUGAAGGACGAGAGGCGAGAUAAAGUGAGUGAGUCACUGUAA